ACGGUGAAAACGUAGUAUCCGAUUGUUCAUUCAAUAUUUUCUACUUCAACCAAAUUUCAAAGACGAUUCGAUCGCAAACGAGAAUACGUCCUAAACAGAGAGAUAGAAAAGCAACCGUUUUCAAUAAUCAAUAAUUUAAAAAAACAGACUUUUCCGAAGUGCAUCUUUUUUUUUUGGAAAAUUAUAACCACUCAAAUGAUUUACCGUAAAAAAAUAGUGUUUUUCAUUCGAAAUUGUAUUAUUGACCAUUGUGCCAGCGGGUGAUUUUGUGUUAGCGUUCCGAGCGUAAGCAUUGUGUUUGAUAGAUACAAAUUUGUCAUUGACAAAACAAAAAACACCGUACAAAAUUUUUUGAUACGCAAAUUACAUGAGUCGAACGUGAACGGACACGGGAAAACAAAAUUAUCACACCGAGAAAAACGCGCAAUUAAAUUGCAUUGAAAAUAAUAUGUUUUGCAUUCGUUUCGUAUGUUUAAUAAGUGUGGAGGCGAAUUGUUUUUUUUGUUCGUUCUCUCUUCCAAAUAAAAAGCAGUUAUGAACAAUAAAAAUAACAGCUUUACGUAGUGCAAGAGUGAGCUAACUGCAUCGGAAAACACCAAACGGACAAAAUAACAAAUAAGAAAAAAGAAGAAAACAACAACAAACAAAAAUACAAAACAAAUAAGUACUAAAGAAUACGAAUAAAGACAGGAAAUUAUUUAUAGCGGUGAAGAGUACAAUUUUCCGUGAAUUGUGGUGCAAAAAAAAAGACACAGCGGCAACAACAACAGUAACGCAUCAAAUUGCACGUAAAAACCCUGACCGUAGUGUUAACGACAUCGCCAGUGGCCGUUAUUGUUCUCAUUUGAUUCGCUUAAUUAAAUCAGGACUUGGACCAACGACCACCAUCACAUUCUUAUUCAGUUGCGCUGAACUUUUGACAAACGCUCUACAUUUCGCUCACAAUUUAAGCUUUCUUUCGGUGAGCCAAAAAAAAAGACGUUCGCGUGGAAAAUGAUCCAUGACGCGGCUAAUCAGACGGCAUCAUCGGUGCCAGAAGAAUUAUACAAUUUGACGCAGUUAGCUGACGUUACAUUGGCGGCUGGCAAACUAAGCACAACAAACAUUCAAACAAUAAAGGAUUACAUCCGUAACGAAGAAACUGUCACACCUGCAGUACAGCUGCUCAAUUCAAAUCGUUCAUUGCAAAUGACCGAGUUGAUUGUUAUGAAAAGAAGUAAUUCAUCGGAUAUAUCUGACACGUGUAGCUUGACAAAUUCACCGCAAAAAUUGCUCAGCGACGCUGGUUAUAUGUCCGAUAUGGAGUAUUCAGAUAAGAAAACUUUUUUGUAUGCAUUACAUUCGAAUCACAGUCAAUCAAUGGAGACCGACACCACCAUAACAAAUAUGGAGCAACCAUCGCGUCCAACAUCGAGUAAAUCAUUUGGUGAACAAAAUCGUCAAAGUUCAUUCUCAUCAUCUGAAGAUGAUUCAACAUACAAUUAUUCGCAUAAAAUUUUCGAUAAAAGAAAAUCCCGCAAACUUCAUUAUCAAGCACAAAAUGCCGGUGACAAUACAUCAAAAUCGCCCGAUCCAAAUGCAAUGAUAAUGGUCGUUGAAACCGAAGACAGUAUGCUAUCGAUUAGUGAAGUUGAAAGCAAUGAUGGCGAAUCUAGACAAAAAAUCAAGUCAAUUUCCAUUGCGGAUGAUAUGGAUUUAAGAGAGAAAUCAAAUAUGGAAGUGACAUCAGAAACCGAAUCAAUGAAUGGCAAUUGUGGUACAGAUGAUGUGCACACUUGCCCAGAAUGUGGAAAAAAAUAUUCAACAUCAUCGAAUUUGGCCCGUCAUCGUCAAACACAUCGUUCACUUCUCGAUAAAAAAGCUCGAAGAUGUCCACAUUGCGAUAAAGUCUAUGUAUCAAUACCAGCUUAUAGUAUGCAUCUUAAGGUGCACAAUCAAGGUUGCGAGUGUCCACAUUGUGGCAAGAGAUUUUCUCGUCCAUGGUUGCUGCAGGGUCACAUUCGUACACAUACCGGUGAAAAGCCGUUUCAAUGUUCGAUUUGCACGAAAUCAUUUGCUGAUAAAUCUAAUUUACGCGCUCAUAUCCAAACACAUUCGAAUACAAAGCCGCACACUUGUGGCCGAUGUGGCAAAGCAUUUGCAUUAAAAUCGUAUCUAUACAAACAUGAAGAAUCAUCGUGCAUGCGAAACCAUUCAAAAACCGAAAAAGAGAAAAACAAACAAACAAUUCGAUCGAAAACAUCGAAAAAAAUAACAGCGUUUGGAAAUCAUUCCGUUGUUCUGAAAAAAAUUAAAGAGAUGGCCACCACUGGUGACACACCAAUUGAAUCGCAUACAAUGGCAGUAGUGGCGGCAGGAACAGCGACAAUAUCACCAGAAUGCAUUAUACUCGACGCCGGUUCAAAGAAAAGCUACAUUGAUUUAACGGAAUCGAAAGCAACAACAGCUGUUGAACCAUAUCCUCGUAUUAGUGUCAUACGCACAGUCAGUUCACAAUCACCACCAGCAAUGAAAACCGACCAAUUUGAAUUUUAUCAAGAAAAACCUGUUGAUUUUUCACCAAAACAUAAGUACAAAACUGAUUCGACCACCAAUAAUAGCAGCAACAACACCAACAAAAAUCUAUCGCUACCUAAUCAAUACACAACAAUGGUCGUGUAAUGCAUUGGACAUUUAUAUUAUUAGACUUAUUGGAUUUCUUUUAUUAUAUUCUAUUUGAAGAGAGAAAUUGAUUUAUUCCGCAACCGAAUUGUGUGAAGGUUACAAUUAAAUUUAAACCUUUAAAUCAAUUCACUUUUGAUUUGAAAUUUGACAUUGAAAUCAAUGUUUGAGUUUGAAUAUAUUUGCAAUUGAAUUUCAUUCGAAAUUGAAAUAUUCGCAGAAUUCGGUUGACGAUAUUCCACAUUUUUCUUCUACAGUCUAAAUUUUAACAACUGUUUAGAGGAUAAGAACAAAAUACUUGGAAUAUUGAGAAAAACUCGAUAUUGUCAAAAAAAGCAAAAAUGUUGUCAUCAUCAUAAUCACUCAUUAUACAAUUUAAAAAUAUAUAUAGCCAUGUAAGUUGUACAUUGAAUUUAAAUCAACCCGCUGAAAACCAAAGUGCCAUUUUUAAUCUCAGAUAAGAAAUUGUUUUUAUUUUAAGUACGAGAUAGUCGAAACGAUUAACUGCAUAGAAAAAAAUUGUGAUAUUUGGAAGAUAUUCUGCUCUAAGUUUUAAUAAUGUAGGGAAUAUAAUUUGUUUGUUGGUUGGAUAUAGCACCACUCAUUCAUUCGAACACUUUUCUUUUUCGAGAACGUAAUUUUGGAACAUUCAGUAUACAAUAGCGUAAUCAAAUAGAUUUUAUCAUAUUUUUUUUAUGAAUUCAAAUUUAUCCGGAUGGAAUUGUUAAGAUAGUAAAAUGCAUUUAAUGCUUUUCCCAAACUUUGGAACAACACUUCCGAAGGAAUCAAAUGACAAUAAAUCAGAUGGAAAAAUCAAACGUAAGUGUAACGGAAUGUGUAUUUUAAAUGUAUGUUUCUUUAGUAAUUAAAUGAAUAAUUCAAUCAAAUGAGAAUUUCUAGUCUAACUUUGUAUUUAUCGACAAUUAUAUGAAGCACAUGUGCGCAACAAAUUUAGUAAAUAUAGGGAAAAAAAAGAUACUUUUUUCUAUUACCUAUUUGUAAUGAGACAGUAAUAAACGUAGUAUAAUUUAGGAAAGUGCGGCCGAUUGGUGCAAUACAAAUAUUAUCUCUGUUUUUAAUUAGCUAUUCGAUUAAGUCUUAGCUCUUUACUCAAAGUAUGUUCGCAUUUCAAAACAAGAGGAACAAAAAUCACAACGAAAACUUAAGAAAAAAAAAAUGAUUUGAAUAAUGUUAGAUGAUUUAUGUUAGACUAUUUUUAUACGUAUCAUUAUAACAGCAGCAGACAGAGCUAAUAAUCCUAUAAUCUAGCAUCUCAACGUAAUAGUGUGAGAAAUAUGAAACCAAGAAUUACAUUUAUAUCGAUGAAAGUCAAAAUGGCCGGCCUACAGGGAUCGUUAUGCGCCAAAUUAAUAUCUUUGAUUAUCGCAUAACUGCACUAUGGGUGGACUAAAAUUAAAAACUGAAAAAAACUAUGGCACUUAUUAGAUGGAACAAUAUCAUGUAUAAGCGAAAUCAUUCAUCUGAAAUCGUUAAAAUAUGUCAUGACAAAAGUGUGCUCUAUGCCACUUUAGCUUUCAUCGAUUUAAGGCUCAAAGUAUUUGAAAAAAAAGGAGCGGUAAUUCACAUUUGGUUUUUUUUAAAUGUAUUUCUUUUAACGCAUAGUUUUUAGGUAGCUUUAUAUUAUUGUUUGAAGUGUGUGUGUGCACAUUUAAACCUAAAUGAUGAGCUUUGGUUUCGUUUUAUUUCGUCAAAAUAAUUAGUCUAAAGAGUUGAUAUAUUUGUUUUUGAAUUAAACCGUUAGCCGUAGAUCGAAUGAUUACAAUUCGAUCGAUAUAAUGAGUUAGGAGUCUUUUUUUACUUGACAGAUUUUAGAAAUAAUUUACUAUUGGUAUUUUAAAAUCUUUA